AUGCAAGCUUGCCAUCUACCGCUUGGAAGGCCUUGGCAAUUUGAUGUUAAUGCCCAACAUAGUGGGAGAACUAACAAAUACUCAUUUGUGGUCAAAGGGAAGAAGUACAUUCUUAAUCCACUAAGCCCUUACCAAGUGAGUGAGGACUGUAGAGUGAUGAGGGAGCUUUGGGAGAAGUAUCAAAAAGAAGAAAAGGAGAAGGGUGAAAGGGAGACCUUGUUGGUCAUAGGUGGAGAGGGGACGUCUCAAGAUGGUUCCAAGAAAUGUUUGUUGGCCAAACCAAGCAAUUGCUUAAAAGGGGUUGAUGAGAGACGCUUCUUGGUGUGUCUUGUCAACAAACACCUUCUCCUAAAUGCUAACCAAGCUACUAGCACUUUGCCUAGUAGUAUAUCUUCUCUUUUGCAGGAAUAUGAAGCAUUGUUCCUGGAAGAAAUGCCCGAUGGCUUACCUCCCUUGAGAGGUAUUGAGCACCAAAUUAAUUUUGUACCAGAUUCUCAAAUCCUGAACAAGCCGGCAUAUAGGAGCAAUCUAGAGGAAACAAAGGAAUUGCAAAGGCAAGUUGAGGAGCUAUUCAAGAAGGGUCUAAUCAAGGAGAGCCUUAGUCCAUGUGCCGUACUGGUGAUUCUUGUCCCAAAGAAAUAUGGCACUUAG